AUGCAGAGGAGGGUCCCUGGGAAUUUUUCUGACGUGACCGAGUUUAUCCUCCUGGGAUUCAGAGUUUCCCCAGAGCUCCAGAUCAUCCUCUUCCUAGUGUUCUUGCUGAUCUAUGUGGUCAUAUUGGUGGGGAACAUUGGCAUGACAGUCCUCAUCAAGAUAGACUCUCGACUGCAUACCCCCAUGUAUUUCUUCCUGAGAAACUUGUCCUAUUUAGACCUUUGCUACUCAACCGUCAUUGCGCCCAAAACUCUGACCAAUUUCUUAUCCUCUAGUAAGACAAUCUCUUACAACAGCUGUGCCGCUCAAUUUUUCUUCUUUGCCUUCUUUGUCACAACCGAAGGGUUUCUCCUGGCUGUGAUGGCCUACGACCGCUUCACAGCCAUCUGCUCCCCCCUCCUUUAUCCCGUACGUAUGUCCCAGACGCUGUGCGUCCAGCUGGUGGCCGGCUCCUACGUUUGUGGGUGCAUCAAUUCCAUGGUUCAGACCGGCUUCACCUUCAGCUUACGGUUUUGUGGGGAAAACAGAAUCGAUCACUUCUUCUGUGACAUUUCAGCCCUGAUCAAGAUUUCCUGCGUGGAUACUUUCGUCAACGAGAUUGUGCUGUUUAUCCUUUCUGCCGUCAUCAUUAUCAGCACCAGCCUGGUGAUCUUAGUCUCCUACUCUUACAUUCUCACCGCUGUCCUGAAGAUCCCCUCCACGCAGGGCCGACGGCGAACCUUCUCCACCUGCGGGUCUCACAUCGCUGUGGUGAGCUUGUUCUAUGGAACGGUGUUCUUCAUGUAUGCCCAGCCAGGGGCCCUCUCCUCCCCAGAGAAAAGCAAGGUGGUGGCCGUUUUCUAUACCCUUGUUAUCCCCAUGGUCAACCCCCUGAUCUACAGCCUGAGAAAUAGAGAUGUGAAGGAGUCUGUGAAAAGAAUCGUAGGUAAGAAAAGGUCUUCUCAGUGA